AUGGCCACCAUAGCCGAGGCAUUGUCCUGUUUGACAUUACCACCAUCUACAAUAACCAAAACACUUCCCAACCAUCAACCUCUAGUGGCCUACCCUCUCAACCUCAACCACCCCAAGGGUAGCAUCAAUAUCAUCACCCUAAGGAGUGGUACAACACUUGUGGAGAUUGACCCCAAGCCUACAAUUAUGAUGGAGGAUGUUCAUGAUGAAGAACUUGAUGAGGCGGUGGAAAUGAAUGAGGAUGAAAAUGAAGAUGUUGCAAUGGGAGAGGAGGAACAACUGAAGUCUAAGGAGCCAAAAAGGAAGAGCCCCUUAGAAGAGCUAACUCCUAUACCUUUUUCAAUUAUGGCCAAGAAGGCUAAAAUGCAUGAAGAGCUGGAUCCUAAUAUGGUGCAAAUCUUUAAGAAGGUUGAGGUAACCAUCCAACUUUUUGACACCAUCCAACAAGUUCCAAAAUAUACUAAAUUUCUUAAGGAUAUGUGCACUCACAAGGAGAAAAUUAGUGAGCUAGGGAUGCAUUUGUUAGGUAGUUCUAUUUCUUCUGUGAUGGGAGGUAUUCUAGAAAAAUAUAAUGAUCCCGGUCCUUGCUUGGUGUCUUGUAUGAUUGGCGGGAUGCGAAUUAUGGACUGCAUGUGUGACUUAGGGUCAUGCGUGAGUAUCAUGCCACUCUCAGCUUACGAGAGGUUGAAUCUUGCACCGUUGAAGUGGUUUAGGACAAGGUUUGUGUUAGCCGACAAGAGUGUAAUUUUAGUUUUGGGUAUUGCUGAGAAUGUGUUGGUGAGCAUUCAGGAUUUAAUCUUUCCAGUGGACCAUAUCUUGGAGACAUCAUCAAUUGACUCUGAGAGGCCGUCUUCCAUCUUACUAGGCAAGCCAUUCUUGAAGGCCGCCCAGUUAAAACUCGAUGCAUUUUUUGAAGCCUAUUCUUUCAAAGCUGAAGGAAAAGUAGUGAGGUUCAAUUUGGAUUAG